UGGUGGUGGCGUCCCACGCGCCGUCGCGCCCUUCCUGCCGUGUGUGCGCGCUGUCCCGGCAGAGUCGCGGCAUGGCGGACCCGGAGGCGCUGGGCUUCGAGCACAUGGGUCUCGACCCCCGGCUCCUGCAGGCCGUCGCCGACCUGGGCUGGUCGCGACCCACGCUGAUCCAGGAAAAGGCCAUCCCGCUGGCCCUGGAGGGGAAGGACCUGCUGGCUCGGGCGCGCACGGGCUCGGGGAAGACGGCCGCGUAUGCCAUUCCCGUGCUGCAGCUGCUGCUCCACAGGAAGGCGACAGGCCCUGCAGUAGAGCAGGCUGUGAGAGGGCUUGUCCUGGUGCCCACCAAGGAGCUGGCGCGGCAGGCCCGGUCCAUGAUCCAGCAGCUGGCUGCCUACUGCGCUCGAGAUAUCCGGGUGGCUGACGUCUCUGCUGCGGAAGACUCAGCCUCUCAGCGAUCUGUGCUGAUGGAGAAACCCGACGUAGUCGUGGGGACCCCAUCGCGCAUCUUGAACCACUUGCAGCAGGACAAUUUGGUCCUGCGAGACUCCCUGGAGCUGCUGGUGCUGGAUGAGGCCGACCUUCUGUUCUCCUUUGGAUUCGAGGAAGAACUCAAGAGUCUGCUCUGUCAUCUGCCCCGGAUUUACCAGGCUUUUUUGAUGUCGGCUACCUUUAACGAGGACGUCCAGGCACUCAAGGAGCUGGUACUCCAUAAUCCAGUGACUCUCAAGCUGCAGGAGUCCCAGCUGCCGGGGCCAGACCAGCUGCGGCAGUUCCAGGUAGUCUGUCAGACAGAGGAAGAUAAAUUCCUGCUGCUCUAUGCCCUGCUCAAGCUGUCAUUGAUCCGCGGCAAGUCCCUGCUCUUUGUCAACACUCUGGAGAGGAGUUACCGGCUGCGCCUGUUCCUGGAGCAGUUCAGCAUCCCCACCUGCGUGCUCAACGGAGAGCUCCCGCUGUGCUCCAGGUGCCACAUCAUUUCACAGUUCAACCAGGGCUUUUACGACUGCGUCAUAGCGACUGACGCCGAAGUCCUGGGGGCUCCGGUCAAGGGCAAGCGUCGGGGCCGAGGAUCCAAAGGGGACAGGGCCUCUGAUCCGGAGGCAGGCGUGGCCCGGGGCAUAGACUUCCACCACGUGUCUACUGUGCUCAACUUUGACCUUCCCCCCACCCCUGAGGCCUACAUCCAUCGAGCUGGCAGGACGGCACGCGCCAACAACCCGGGCAUGGUUUUGACCUUCGUGCUGCCCACUGAGCAGUCCCACCUGGGCACGAUCGAGGAGCUUCUCAGCGGAGAGAACGGGGCCCCCGUACUGCUUUCCUACCAGUUCCGCAUGGAGGAGAUUGAGGGCUUCCGCUACCGCUGCCGGGAUGCCAUGCGCUCAGUGACCAAACAGGCCAUUCGAGAGGCGAGGUUGAAGGAGAUCAAGGAGGAGCUUCUGCACUCAGAGAGGCUCAAGACGUACUUUGAAGACAACCCCCGGGACCUCCAGCUGUUGCGGCACGACCUGCCCUUGCACCCUGCCGUGGUGAAGCCUCACCUGGGCCACGUCCCUGACUACCUGGUCCCCCCCGCUCUGCGUGGCCUCGUCCACCCUCACAAGAAGCGGAAAAAGCUGGCCUCCAGGAAAGUCAAGAAGGCCAAGACCCAGAAUCCCCUGCGCAGCUUCAGGCACAGAAAAGAGAGAAGCAGACGCACAGCCGUGCCUUCCUGAGGUCGUCCGCGCAGCCUCGCUGGCUCCCAGGGCCCCUUCCCAGGCUGAGCGCCGAGCAGGGUGCGGGCGCCGGCUUCCCACCCUGGCUGGACUGGAUUCCGGAGCAGGCCCGUGGUGCUGCCCUGCUCGCCUAAUAGACUCCAUCCGUCCUGACUCAGGCUUCCUGCAAGUAGGAAGGGAUGCCCAUCCCUGGGAACCUUGGGAAUUAAAGUGCUUCCGGGAGGUUUUCUGCGUUGUGUGUGUGGCGGCUGCCUGGCCGGCAGAGGUCAGCUGUGAGGCGCUCCCGCAGCUCGUCUGGGUCUCUGGCCCAGCCCACUGCCGGCCAGACUGACCGACCUCCCUCCCCCGGAGCUUGGAGACCGUGAGCCUUCCCAGCUAGGAGCCCCAUACCUCCACAUCCAAAUCUGGGCGCCUCUGCACCCGAGCCAGGGGGACUGGCUCCUGUGUUCCCGCCCCACCCCCUGUAGGCAUAUUUGUGUGUUCCGUACAUGCGGGCGUGGUGGUGAGAUGCGUGCGCUCGCUGUUGGAUGCUCCUUACUGAGCCAGCAGGUCCCGGUUUGAGAAGGCGGGGGUCUCGAGGGGGCGGAGUCCUGGCAUUACUGUCACCUGCUUAUGGGCAUCGUGAGGAGGCUGUGCUUCUGCUUGCUGUUCGGGUGUGAUAGCGCUUGGGGUAGGUGAGGUUUCGAUGUUUCCCGCUCCUGUGGUGUUUGAGGGUUUCUGGGUAGCCGCGGUUUACAACGGUGUUGCUCAGGCGGGGCUCUGCUAGCAAGCCCGGGUGGGCCACUGGGGUUCCAGCAGGCCUGGAGCCGCCAGGCUGCUGGGCUUCAGUCCCCCGUGGACCGUUCCACCUGCUCUGUGAGGCAGGCGAGGAGCUGAGGCCUGGCCGUGAGGUCAGCCUUCUCCCUCAUGGUUCUAGGUCCUCUGGCCCCGCCACCUCCAGGUGCUCCCGGCCAGGGGGCUUGUGUCCCAGAACCAGUCCAGAUCCAGAUGCAGGAGAGUUGGGGGCCAAGGGGACCCGUCUGGGCCUUUGUCCCCGCCUGUGGAUGGAGCUGGGGCUGUGUACCCAUCACCCUUAACAAGCCCCAGACAAGGGUAUCCCACAUUCCUAGGCUCAGAGAAGUUCCCCGGUGCACUGAGCUCACCAGGCCAGUGAGGGCUGGUGGGUGGGGCCCCGCUGUCCACCCCCGCAGGGGCCUAGCUGACAUGGCUGGCAUUGUCACCAACACGGGCAGGUCCUAUCUGAGGCCCUUGGGAAGCUGGGCUGUGCCUGUGAUCCCCUCCCCAAGCUAUUACAGGCCCCUACACUUGGUAGGGUCUGACCUGGCUAGGCGGUGGAGAGGGUGGUGUGUGUCUGCGCCCUGACCCCACAGAAGGAGGGUGUCCAGGGGCCUAGACAUCUCAUUCAAUCCCCACCCCACCCUGGGGAUAGGCCUCACUGUGUCCAUUUACUUAAUUUAUAUAUGGGAAAACUGAGGUCUCCAGGGACUGGACUUGUCCAUCUGAUGCACACCCAAACUAGAGCCGGACAGGCCCUGCAUGGGAGGGGCACCGUGGGCCUGGAAGGGGUGGGGUAGGGUGAACCUACUCGAAGCUCGAAGUGAAGGUUCCUGGUGGGAAGGCUGGCCGGUGACCACCUCCCCCCCACCCCUGCUGGCAGAGUCACACCCACACGGAAGCCUGAGUGGGUGCUGCUGUUCAGGGAGGCAAGGGGCUUUAGGGGAUUGAGAAUCAGGCCUUGGAUGCACCCAAGCUGUGGACUCCAAAGGCUAGGGCCUGCCAGGUGCCGGCGCUGAGUGGGGGCAGGAGGGGUGCGGGGUGCCUGCAGCCAGCGCACAGAAGGGGACCAGCAUGUACAAAUACUCCAGGUGGGAGGGGGGCGCCCAGCCCAUCUGAGGACGAAAGGAAUCAAAAGUGGUCGUCACCAAAAUAGGUAAAGGCUAAAAAAUUGACUUAUUUCAGAGAUAACACAGUGACAUGUAAAAAAUUCAGAAGAUAAACAAACGAGCAGGUGGUUUUCAAGCAGAGAAGCGCCGUGAUCAGAUAGGCCAGCAGCCGCGGUGAUAACGGAUGGAGGAACACUGUGUUCCUAGAAACCUCUGGACCCAGAGCACGAAGCGCUCAGGUGCAUUUCUGACUAGCUAAGCCCUGCAUCUGCUGAGGAUCAGUGACUCAGGGGCGCUUGCUGCUCUAGGCACUUUGGUCUCCGGGGGCAGUGGCAGACAAUCAGGUGGAAUUCGUGCAGGGAGGCGCCCCUGCCAAAUGCUUGCGCCCUCUCCCUACCCCGCCACCGGGAGGAAGUGCCAGGAUGUCCUGCCUCGCCAGUCUGUGGUGUGGAUCACAGCCAUGUGUACCUUGGAAAGCGAAGCAGCGCUCAUCCACUGGGGAGGGGGCCAGGCACUGCUGGGCAGACACCCUCUCAGGACAGCAGCUCUGUCUGUUCAACCACCAGCCCACCCGCAGUCCCCGCAGCCAAACUGGGAGCAGCCACGUCGGCAGCUCUUCAGUGUGCUAGCCCGGCCUGGCUACCAGGGAGGCCCCUCACUUGUCUUGGCUUCUUCCUGGGGUCUCAUCUGUGAGCGGGGUGAAGUGACCUGUGCCAGCGAUCCUGUGUUGGGCCACACCAUGAGGUCAGGCAGCCUCAGCGCCCCCGCGGGUGGCUCUGUGCAGGGUGCCCCUCCAACUUCAGUGCACGUCCCAGUCAUAGAGGCCUGUGCUUACGGUGCGGGUCCUGGCCAGCAGGUCCUGGGCAGGGCCCCUGCCAGGGGAGGCCUGAAUGCCUACAACACCCACCCCAUUCUACAGAUUGAGAAGCUGAGGCUCACAAAAAGCAAGCCAGGCCAGUGCCACCCGGCUGAGGGACAGAGUGGGCGGGUACUCAGAUCUGUGGACGCCACUCUGGAACCCUAGGUGAGCGAGCUCCGCUCAGCCCUGUCCCAUCCCUUCUCUGAGCCUCAUCUUCCUCUGUGAGAUGCAAUGAUGAAGGGUGUCACUUUUUAGCGUAAGUAUGUCCUGUGCAGUAUUUGUGAUACACUAAAAAAUUAUUCAUUGUUUAUCUGAAAUUGAAAUCUGGAUGGGUGAUCUGCUUCUUGGCUAAAUUUGUACGCUCUCUUGCUGGGGUGUGGCCUCCUCCAGCGAGUCUUGCUGACUCCCCGCCUGGGCUGGACACCCUCUUCUUUGUGUCCGUAAUACUGCCUUGACCCCACGACGCUCGUCUCUGGGCUGCUGUCCACCCUGGCCGGCGAGGCCUGGAGGCAGGGGCCAUGCCAAGUGCCUUGCUGCCCAGCCGGGACUCCUAAAAGGAUCAAGCUCUUCCCUGAGACUAUCCCUGGUGCCUGAGGCUCUUAACUAUUUCCAGUUAAGAGGAAAAAGAUGAAAAGGAUGUACUGACCAGGCUGGACUCUGCCCCCUGACACAACAGCCUGGACGCACCCUACAUGUCCCCUCUGUGACUCAGAGUGGAGACUGUGGGGCUGCCCCAGGCUGGGGCUGGUUGCCAAGGUUGUUGGUUUCUGGUGAAGUCAGAGGCCCAUCCCUUCCUACACUCAUCUGCUCCCUGGACAGGGGCGGUUCCCCCACCUGUGGACCCUGCUUCAGACCCCUUCUUGGGGCUCCUUUGGGUCCUACAGCUCACCAUCUGACUCAUCGGCCCCAGAUUAGGAAGUGCAGAGGUGGUGGUGCCCAGAGGGACCACCAUGGACAGGGGCCCCCAUGAAGACACCCACCCAACUCACAGGGCUGGUAAGAACAUGAGGAGCCACAUGAUGCUUGUCAAGUAGAGAAUAAGCAUCUAGGUUCAGCUUUCCAGACCUUGUCCCCACUUGGCCUGGACACCUGGCUCCAAUCCUGACAGCCCCCACUUGGUGGUCUGGCCUCUGUGUUCUUAGCCCUGCCCACAUCUUGGCGUAUUGAGAUCUAAGAUCUUUUCUGGGUCCUGGAGGUGGGCCAGAGGUGCUUAGGGAGGCAGCAGUGAGGGGCAGAUUGGGCUGCCCACCUGUCCCUUCCAGGGAGCCCUUGGGAGUGAUCUGGGGUCUUGUCCAUGGAGGAGUUCUAUAAAGCAGACUGCUGGCCUCAGGCCUGGGUCACCCUCUCCAUGGGCCUGCAGGCCCUUCCCCACCUCAGCAGGGCCUGGAGAAGCAGCUUCCCAAGAUGUCCCCACCAAGAAGCAGGGACAAAGGACCCGACAGCCUGAGUGCUGCUGAGCUCCAGGGACAAACAAUCUAAUGUGUUCACUGAAAUGUGUAGAUUGGACCCUUCUAUGUAUUAAGGAUCCCUGCCCCCUGGAACCAGGAACUUAGCCUCCAGGAGCAAAACACACAGAAGGCAACAGGUGAAGUGCCGUGAUGGCUGGAGCAGGGGAAGCCAUCUGGGCUCUGGGGUGGUGAUUGAGGUCCCCGCCCAACCCCCACUGAUGGAGGAUUUGGCGUGAGCGGUGAAGGACUGGCAGGAUUUGGGAAAACUUGGUGGGGGUCACAGCAAAGCUGGGAGGAAGGGACCAGCAGGGUUGCAUGGAGAGCAGUGAGCAGAUUAGUGGGCUUAGCAAACACUUCCAUAGGCCUGUGGUUCUUGGGACGCCCCGGGGGCCUCAGGGGGUUAAGCAUCUGCUUUCAGCUCAGGUCAUGAUCCCAGGGUCCUGGGAUGGAGCAGGGGGCCCGCUUCUCCCUCUGCCUGUGGCUCCCCCUGCUUGUGUGUGCGCGCUCUCUCUGGCAAAUCAAUCAGUAAAAUCUUAAAAAAAAGUGGGAGGACAGUGCUUCUCAACCAGGGGUGUUACGCGUUUGCAGGGCAUCUGGCAAGGAGCGGAGGCAAUUUAGGUGGUCCCUCUGGGGGGCGGUGCCACCGACGUGUACUGGGCAGAAGCCAGGGAUGCUGCUAAAACCCUCUGGAUGCCCAGAGCAAGCCCCGCGCAGGGACACCUGGCUGGGGAGGUUGAGGGCCUGCAGAGCAAUGGUAGCGGGUGCGCUGGAAGCCAGGCGGGAGGGGGCGGCGGUCUCCCCGCAUGUGACUUCGGAGUGCACACAGCUGCAGUGACAGACGCCAGAUGGCAGGCGGACACGAGGGCUGGCUUCUUUCUCAGGUGUCCGGAAGGCUGCAGACCGUCACUAUGCCAUCAGAGGCCCAAGUUCUUCCAUCUCAUUUGCCAUCUUUUUUUUUUUUAAAGUGGUAAAAUAUAUAUAAAAUAAAAUGUAUUGUCUUUUAUCAUUUUAAGUGUGCGGUUCCAUGGCAUUAAGCACACUCAUGUCGCUGUGCGGCCUCACCGUCUGUGUCUAGAAUGUUCUCAUCUCCCCAAACAAGCUCUGUCCCCUUGAAACACUAGCUCCCCGUGCCAACCCCUGGCACCCCCCACUCUGCUCUCUCUGUGGAUCUGACCGCUCUGGGGACCUCAUGCACAUGGAGUGUCCUUCUGUGACCUGCUCUUUGCACUCAGCCUCACGUCUUUGAGGUCCAUCCGUGUAGGAGCUUGUGUCAGAACUUCAUUCUGUUUUGUGGCUGGGUAGUAGUCCGUGGCAUGUGUACGCCACAUUUUAUCCCCUCAACUGUUGACAGCCACCUGGCUUGUCUCUGGCUUUCGGCUGUUGUGAAUAAUGCUGCCACGAAUGUUCUAUGUUGAACCUUUUAAGGACCUGCCACACUGCGUUGCCACCAGCAGUGUGUGAGGGCUCCCCUUUCUCCAUGUCCUUGACAACGCUUAGUAUCUUCCAUUGCUUUAGUAACAGCCGGCCUGAUGGGUGUGAGGCAGUGUCGCCCUGUGAUUUGAUUUGCAUUAUCCUCAUGACUAAUGAUGCUGAGCAACAUUUCACAUGCUCACUGUCUUCUCUGGCAAGAAGUCUGUUCAAGUCUUUUGCCCGUUUUUAAACUGAGUGGGUUGUUUGGCUGUUGAAUUUCAGGUCUUCUUUAUAUAUUCUGGAUAUUAAUCCCUUAUCAGAUAAGUGUUUUGCAAAUGUUUUCUCCCGUUUUGUGGGUUACCUUUGCAUUUUCUUGAUGGUGUCAUCUGAUGCACAAAGCACUUCAACUUUGAUGAAUUCUAAUUUAUUUUUUCUUUUGCCUGUGCUUUUGAUAUCCUAGCAUAGAAACUAUUGCUAAAUUCAGCAUCAUGAAGACAUCCCUUAGGUUUUCUUCUCAGAGUUUUAUAGUUUUACCUCUUUCAUUUAGAUCUUGAUCUGUUUUGAGGUAGAUUUUGUCUGGGGUGAGAGGUAACAAUCCAACCUCAUUCUUCUGUAUAUGAACAUCCAGUUUUCCCAGCACCUUGUGUUGAAAAGCCCAUCCCUGGUCUAUAUGUCUGUCCUUCCAGUGCCACACUAAUUUUGAGAACUGUAACUUUGUAGUAAUUGUUGAAACAGGAAGUAUGAGUUUUCCAACUUUGUUCUCGUUUGUCAAGAUUGUUUUGGAUGUUUGGGGCACCUCAGGUUUCCAUAUGCAUUUCUGCAAAAGUGUCCUUGGGAUUCUGAAAGGAACGGCAUCGAAUCUGUAGAUCACUUUGGGUGUCUGGACAUCUUAACAAUAGGUCUUCCAGUCAAGGAACAUGAGAUGUCUUUCCAUCAUUUGUGCCUUCUUUAAUUUCUUUCGUGAUGUUUUGUAGUUUUCAGUGUAUAAGUAAUUUACCUCCUUGAAUUUAUUCCUAAGUAUUUGAUUCUCUUUGAUGCUAUUGCAGAUGGAAUUCUGUUCUUUUUUUUUUUUUAAGAUUUUAUUUAUUUG